AUGCCUGCUAAGCAGGAAUACUUCGAAACACCCGGCCAUGUCGUCGCCGCAAGUAUCGUCGUCCCAGUAAUAGAUCUACUGGCCCUUACACUACGGUUUCAUCUCCGCCGGAAGCUCAAGCAUGGCUUGAAGGCGGAUGACUGGCUAAUACUACUCGCUACGGUUUUAACAUUGGGCAUGGGCAUAACGCUUAUAUACGGCGUAGCUCGCAAAUCGAUCGCUUAUCGCUUUGAGGUACCUCAAAUCUUCGAAGAAGAUCCAUUUGCAGCUGCGACCCCCCAAGCAGCACUGACUGGAAAAAUUCAACUUGCUGUCCUGCUAAUGCUUCCUCUGACCCUGGGGCUGAUAAAAGCCAGCUUUCUCGCGUUCUACAUACGGAUCUUUUCGGUGAACAGGAACGGCUGGGUACACAGAUUCUUGCUUGGCAUGAUGUGCUUUGUUGCUCUCUGGACAACGGCAUUCUUCCUCGCGCAGCUGUUUGCAUGUCGGCUUGAUUUCUAUGCUUACUGGCGCUCUACUCAUGACCUCCUCACGAAAUGCGUGCAAACGAAACAGUUGUUCCUCGCUCUCUCGAUUACAGACUUUAUCACGGAUGUUGUAGUGAUAGUUAUCCCACUACCUCUAGUGAGUAUCACUCGCAUCAACCAGCUGCUGUAUUCCUCUACUAAAACACAAGAAAAGAUAUGGCGGCUCAAUUUUUCUCGACGCAGGAAGAUUGCUAUGAUACUCAUCUUCUCUCUUGGUGCUGUAGCUGUCGCGGCGUCUCUAACCCGUCUUGUAUUCACCGCGAGAAUUGCUCAAGAUGGCUUCAAUCCUAAUGACGAUCCAAUCUUUGUAAUUACCAACGGGCUAUACUGGGGAGUCGUUGAAUGCUCAGUGGGAAUAUUGACGGCGGACUUGCCGACCCUACAUUUUAUUAUGAGGAUACCCGCAUGGGAAUCGCUCGCGUCAACUACCAAGGACAUUUGGAAUGCCACUUCGUCCAAAGCUCAUCUUCUGAAGAGCAAAGCCAGUCAAAUAUCAAUCCGUCGCCCGUCAGCCGACUCGCAGCCCCCAAAGAAUGAUAGUAUCUCGAUUCAUUCAGCACGAAAGCCAGUGAAAGUGAGCGAAGAAGAGGCAUGGGGCAUGGAAUUGCCUGAGAUAAGGGGAAAUCGUUAG